AUGCCGCCCUCUACGCCGCAGCCCGCGGAUGAUUCCCAUCAGCAACUCCUCGACCAGAUGGAUAUCUACUACACUCCCAAGCCCUUUCGCAAUCCCAACUGGAAACCUGGUACUCGAAGAAAUAAAAACACCAAGCAGAUUGUCUCUGAAUCACAACGCAAAGAAGCCUCCGUCCUGGCAACGCAGAAUAACUCUGGUGCAUCGACCCCCCUCCCUGCCACUGGAGCCACUUCGGACGGUGCCGCGACGCCUGCAUAUUCCACUGCGCCCUCGAAACCAUUGAAUAUGGCGCAAGCGACUCAAAGUUUAAGCACACUGGUUCUGGAACGAAAUCUUCAGAGGGCUGUAAAUGGACUCGCCGCUGGGUUAGGAGGUCCUGCAGUCACAUACACAAAUAUCGAAAGCGCUCCAAGUCUCCACCCUGCGAAUCAUAAACAUUACUGCGAUGUGACGGGUUUGCCAGCAAAGUACACGGAUCCGAAGACUAAGUUGAGAUACUAUGACAAGGAAAUCUUUGCGGUGGUAAGGAGCUUGCCACAGGGAGUGCCAGAUCAAUAUCUGGCUGCCAGAGGAGCAAACGUGGUUUUAAGAUGA